AGUGAAACUGAAAGUGUUCCUGGCUUCAGCAGUAGAGAAGAGCAGGAUGUUGCAGAUGUACAUAUUUAUUGGCUUAUUUAAAGGUCUAACAGCUCUGGUACAGACACAGCAGACUGUGAUGGCAGCAGUGGGAGAAGAGGCUCAUUUAAACUGUCAGCUGAUGCAAAAUAAAGAUGUUGUUCAAGUCACAUGGCAGAAACCUGAGGGAGAGAAGACUCUUGCUACUUCCAGCAAACCCUUUGGUCCAAGAGUGAAUCCUGACUUUAUUGAUAAAGUGGAGUUUACUAAAGAUGCUGGACUGCAGAACAACUCCAUAGUUAUCAGGAACCUGACAGAGCAGGAUGAAGGCUGCUAUCAAUGUUUGUUUAAUUCCUACCCUGAUGGGGCUUUCAUUGGUGUAACCUGCAUCAAACUCUAUGGUCUAACAGCUCUGGUACAGACACAGCAGACUGUGCUGGCAGCAGUGGGAGAUGAAGCCUGCUUAAACUGUCAGCUGAGUCAGUCUAAAGAUGUUCUUCAAGUCACAUGGCAGAAAGUUUCACCUGAGAAAGAGGAAAAUGUUGCCACCUUCAACAGAUACUUUGGUCCAAGAGUGAAUCCUGACUUUAUUGAUAAUGUGGAGUUUAGAGAUGCUGGACUGCAGAACAACUCCAUAGUUAUCAGGAACCUCACAGAUCAAGAUAAAGGAUACUAUCGUUGUUUGUUCAACACCUACCCUGAUGGUGCUCUCACUGCUAUAACCUGUCUCCAGGUCUAUGAGCUGCAUGAACCCAUCCUACAUGUUAGAGAAUCAAACUCUUCUGAAGAGGCAGUUGUGUCCUGCUCGGCCACAGGUCGACCUGCUCCCACAGUAACAUUAAGAGUCCUGCAACAAGACCUCCACUUCUCAAACUACAGCUCUGUCAGUGUCACCAACACCAACGGUACAGUCGCUGUCACCACCACAGCUGUGCUGUCUGGUUUCCGUGGCAACAGCCCAGAGGUUGGAUGUGCAGCGCGAGUGCUCUCUGGUCCUCACAUAGAGGUGUUUAUGAUGAUUCCUGAGGUCAAACAGUUGUCUGCUGAUGGAUUUAAUGAUAAAUCUGGAUCUAAAGACAGAGAUCGCAAUUUCACCUGGAUCAUUGUGUUGUCUGUGGUAGUGGCCUUUGGUUGUGUUUGUGUUGCAGUCAUCACAUUCCUGCUCAAAAGAAAUCAUCAAAACAGUCUGUCACACAGAGACCCUGAAGAGAUCAAUACAACACAAAAACCAGCGGAACUCAUUCUUGAGACCAAAACACCUUCAAUGCAGCAAGAGAACAAGAUAAGGCAACGGAGAACGUCUUCUAGGAACAAAAGUAACAACUCAGAAUCAUUGUCUCCAACAGGAAGUUGUCUACAAUCGCUGUUUGACCAUAAUGAAACAUUUAGUGACACAGAAUCCUCCAAGACUGUAGAGACAAAGUGAAGACAUAUAUGGUGAAAUAUGGAGACAUUUAUGAAAGAACCAACACUAAAAGACCUGUUUAAGAUUCAUCUUUCAGUUCAACACAGAGAAUAUAAACAAAUAUUAAUGUAAACAGCAGAUUUUAUAAUGAGGUUUACUUUUUAUUUUUUUUAAGUAUUAUUUUUUGGGGGCUUGUAUUGCCUUUAUGAUAGUGACAGCUGAAGACAGACAGGAAAGGGGGGCAGAGAUAGAAGGGAUAACACUUUACUGUGUUCUUUAUAACCUCUAAUGAUUGUUUUUAUGUUUAAAUGUUGUGAUGUUUUUAACUUUGAUGCUGGAAAGACCUCUCAGUGUUAUUACUUUACUUUCUAAGAAGUAUUUUAACUUAGUAUUUGAAAUCUUGGUGUUUUAUAUGUUGAAAAGGUAUUCUGAGCUGCAUGUUGAGUGUAAAUGCAUUUAACGUAUAUAUGUAUAUGUAUUUUCUACAUGUAUUUUAAUAAAAUAUUGUUUUUCUUUU